AUGAGCUCCCCCAUCGGCAAGAGCCGCUCCCUUGUCGCCUUCCUCCGGCAGCUGCACCACCUGGGGCAGCCCCCCAGACCCGUGAUGUCUGCUGCGGGUGGGCCCCGUCGGCCGCGGGAGGUGCCCCUCUGCCCGGCGAUGGAGCGCGGCGAGGCGCAGGACGCGGCCGCCCUGCCCGGCCCCACCAACUGGCCGCUGCUGGGCAGCCUGCCGGAGAUCCUCUGGAAAGGCGGUCUCAAGAAACAGCACGACACGCUGGCGGAGUACCACCGGAAAUACGGCAAGAUUUUCCGCAUGAAGUUGGGUUCCUUCGACUCGGUGCACCUGGGCUCGCCGUGCCUGCUGGAAGCGCUGUACCGCACGGAGAGCGCGUACCCGCAGCGGCUGGAGGUCAAGCCCUGGAAGGCCUAUCGGGACUACCGCAGGGAGGCCUACGGGCUGCUGAUCCUCAACCGGGCAGGGCCAUGCCUUCCCGUCCAAGAAAGUCCAAAAGCGUUCUACAGAUUGCAGGGUUCAGACUUUAAGGCCAGACGAGGUUCUGAAGUCUUGGCUGAUUUUGUGGGUAGAAUGGAUGAGCUCUGUGAUGACAGAGGCCGCAUUGGAGACUUAUACAACGAGCUGAACAAAUGGUCGUUUGAAAGCAUCUGCCUCGUGCUGUAUGAAAAGAGAUUUGGACUCCUUCAGAAGAAUGUAGGGGAUGAAGCUCUGAACUUCAUCAUGGCCAUCAAAACGAUGAUGAGCACAUUUGGGAAGAUGAUGGUGACCCCGGUUGAGCUGCACAAGAGCCUCAACACCAAGGUCUGGCAGGCCCACACGCAGGCCUGGGACACCAUCUUCCGAGCAGUCAAAUCGUGCAUCAACAGCCGGUUGGAGCAAAGUUCCGAGCAGCUCAGCAUGGAUUUCCUUGGUGAUAUUUAUCGCCACAGCCAGCUUUCCAGGAAAGAACUGUACGCGGCCGUGACUGAGCUCCAGCUGGCUGCGGUGGAGACGACAGCAAACAGCUUGAUGUGGAUUCUCUACAAUUUAUCCCGCAAUCCCCACGUGCAACAAAAGCUUCUUCAGGAGAUUCAGAGUGUAUUGCCUGAGAAUCAGAUGCCACGGGCAGAGGACUUGAGGAAUAUGCCGUAUUUAAAAGCCUGCCUGAAAGAAUCCAUGAGGCUUACCCCAAGUGUGCCAUUUACAACCCGAACUCUUGACAAAGCCACGGUUCUGGGCGAAUAUGCUUUACCCAAAGGAACAGUGCUGAUGCUCAAUACCCAGGUGUUGGGAUCCAGUGAAGAUAAUUUUGAAGAUGCAACUCAGUUUAGGCCCGAACGGUGGCUUCAGGAGAAGAAAAAGAUCAAUCCUUUUGCGCAUCUUCCAUUCGGCAUUGGGAAGAGAAUGUGCAUUGGUCGCCGACUAGCCGAGCUCCAGCUUCACUUGGCCCUGUGCUGGAUCGUCCGCAAGUACAACAUCGUGGCCACCGACCACGAGCCCGUGGAGAUGCUGCACCUGGGCAUCCUGGUGCCCAGCCGGGAGCUCCCCAUAGCCUUCCACCGGCGGUGA